AUGGCCGGCGACGAGGUGAAUCCUGUCGACGCGAGCGGCGGGGACACAGCCGCCGCUCGUGGCGAGGAGCGACAGCCGGCGCCCCUGCCCGAGGAUGUGCUCGCCGAAGUCCUCCGUCGCGUCCCGCCGCGCUGGAUCGCCGCCUCCCGCUGCGUCUGCACGGCCUGGCGCGACGCCAUCGAUGCGCGCGGCCUCUUGCGCGCCGACAUGCUCCCGCUCUCGCUCGCCGGCCUCUUCGUCCACUUCGACGAGCACAAGUAUCCCGAAUUCCUCGCCCGCCCCUCCUCCGUGGCUGGCGCCCCCGCCAUCAGCGGCAACCUCAGUUUCCUGCCCUCCACCACCCCUCAUGCCGGCACUAUAUGGGACGACGACUGCGAUGAUUGGCGUGACUAUAACAUCGAUGAUCACUGCAAUGGGCUCCUCUUGCUUCGCAGUAACCGGGUGGUUAAUCCUGCCACCCGAUGCUGGAGUGCUUUGCCACCGUGCCCUGCUCCCAAGGAUGGCACAGGAAAUGUGUGGUACAGUGGUCAUCUGGUCUAUGAUCCGAUGGUAUCACCGUACUACGAGGUGUUUAUGACCCCCCAUUUGGAUGACUACCAUUCUGAAAAUGAGGUAGACCCCUCGAUGGAGGAAUCUGAAUGGCCACCAUCCCUAUGCAAGAUGUAUGUAUUCUCAUCAAAGUCGGGUUGUUGGGAGGAGAAGUAUUUCUUCCGAGAAGGGGGUGCUACAGGGAUUGUCAGUGAAAUGCGAGUGGGUUACGGGCGAUCCAACGGUGUCUAUUAUCGGGGAGCACUUUAUGUACACUGUAGAGCUGAUUUAAUUAUGAGGAUAUCAUUGUCUAAUAAUAUGUACAGCUUAAUUAAACCACCUGUGGUGGAUACCAGAGCACACCAUUUUCCAUAUGUCGAGAUUGUAAGAUCAAAAAAGGGGGUGUACUUUGUGGCAUUUGAUAGGUCUUGGCCUCAACGUGAGUGUUGGCUUGGAGUUUGGAUCCUCAAUGAAUCAUGUGGUCAGAUGGAGUGGAUUUUGAAGCAUGACAAAGACCUUAAGCAUGCGCUAGCACAUCACCGAUAUUGUGGACGACUUCACUGGAUCUUAGAAGAUAUUAACUAUAACCUAUUUUGUUCUUCUAGUUUCCUAGAAGGCAACAAGAAAGCAACCACCGAGGAGAUUUUUGAAUGGAACUCUGACGAUGAUGUUGAAAACGAGAACUUGGUUAAGCAUUGUUGCUUAGAAGACAACAAGAAAGCAAUAAUUGAAAAGAAAUUGGAUUGGAAGUACAACAAUCGUAAUGUUGCUAACAAUUGUGAUAUGGUUGAAGAGUGUUAUUGGGAUGAAGAGCAUUAUGAUGAUUCAUAUGAUGAAGACAUUGAGAUACUUGGGUUUCACCCAUACAAAGAUAUUGUCUUCUUGAGUAGUACAUCAGAGUGGACCGCACUGGCAUAUCAUUUGAAUGGCUUCAAGAUUGAAGAGUUAGGGAAUAUAUACCCAAAUGAUUAUGGUCAUUUCAAACAGUUAAGUAAUGAACAGGAGAGGAUCAAAUCUUUUCCAUACACCCCAUGUUGGAUUGAAGAGUUUCCUUCGAACAAUUAA